CCUCUGAUCCGGAACUCCCGGCAAAGAUGGCGGCGGCCAGGUGUAGGAGGCUUUUGCUCCGCGGUCCGGGGCUGUCAUUGCACACUGCGGCCAAAGCUGCCGUCACUGCCGCAGAAGUGGUCGGCUCAGAUGUCGCAGCGGCCCCCCUCGCGCGCUACCCGCCAAUCUUGGCCUCCCUGACUGCCGACAGCAAAGCGGCGCGGCAGCGGCGAGUGGAGCGAUGGCAGGCCACGGUGCACGCGGCCGAGUCCGUGGACCAGAAGCUGCGAAUCCUCACCAAGAUGCAAUUCAAGAAGUACGUAGUUUACCCCCAGACCUUCGCCCUGAAUGCCGACCGCUGGUACCAGAGCUUCACCAAGACCGUGUUUCUGUCGGGCUUGCCGCCGCCGCUCACCAAGGCCCAGCCGGAGCCCGACCCCGACUCCGCGUCCUCCCUGGACCUCGCGGCCCUGCGCGCCGCCGCCUGCGACUGCCUUCUGCAGGAGCACUUCUUCCUGCGGCGCAAGAAGCGCGCUCUUUUCUACCGGGACCGUGAGGCCGUCGCCUCGCCUUUCCUGGACCAGCUGGUAGCCUCCCUCAUGGGCCUGCUCAGCGCGCACAACCCGGCCUUGGCUGCCGCUACCCUCGAUUGUAAACGCCCAGUUCACUUUUACUGGUUGCGUGGCGAAGAUAUUAUUCCUUGUGGUCAUCGAAAAGGUCGAGUUGAUGCUUUGCGAUACCAAAUAAAUGAUAAACCACACAAUCAGAUUCGAAUGUCCAAACAGCUCCCUGAGUUUGUGCCUCUGGAUUAUUCUGUACCCAUAGAAGUCGCUGUUAUGAAUUGUAAGCCAGACAAACUUCCGUUAUUCAAACGGCAAUAUGAAAAUACUAUAUUUAUUGGCUCAAAGACAGCAGAUCCACACUGUUACGGACACACCCAGUUUCAUCUGCUACCCGACAAGUUAAAAAGGGAAAGGCUUUUGAAACAAAACUGUGCUGAUCAGAUAGAAGUUGUUUUUAGAGCUAAUGCAAUUGCAAGUCUUUUUGCUUGGACUGGAGCACAAGCUAUGUAUCAAGGAUUCUGGAGCGAAGCAGAUGUUACUCGACCUUUUGUCUCCCAGGGUGUGAUCACAGAUGGAAAGUACUUCUCCUUUUUCUGCUACCAGUUAAACACUUUGGCACUGACUGCACAAGCUGAUCAAAAUAACCCUCGUAAAAAUAUAUGUUGGGGGACACAAAGUAAGCCUCUUUAUGAAACAGUCGAAGAUAAUGAUGUGAAAGGGUUUAAUGAUGAUGUUUUACUUCAGAUAGUUCACUUUCUACUGAAUAGACCAAAAGAAGACAAAUCACAGCUGUUGGAAAACUGAGAAAAAACAUUUGAUUCAGGACUUUGGGAUUACUUAAGUUUCACUGAAGAAACAAUAAAAGGAAUUUUGACAAUGAGA